GAGGUGUGCAACUUUUUGUAUACCUUUAUUUUUAGUAUAAAAAAUAUAUAAUAUUACUUCGAUGGGAUCCACAUUCGAUUUUACCUUACUCUCCUCAAAAGCACAAGUUCCGGAACGUUCUAAGAAGAUAUGCACCCUUCCUCUUGUAAUUAGUUCUAGAAAGUUCCAAGUCCACUUGGUGAUCAAAAAUUUGAGUGUCACGAGCUCCCCCCUAUAUAUUAUCUAUUUAAGCACCUACGUGGCCAUUGCCUUCACCACAUCUCCUCCCUCAACUGCCAUAAGUAAACUAACCACCACCAAAAGCAGAGUACUCUGUUUUUUUUUUUAAAAAAGACACCCUUCCCGCUCUUUUCUUUUUCUUCUUUUCUUGGUUCUUUGCUUUCUUGGUAAUCUCCAAUUCAGGAACCCAAAUGCAUCGUUUCCUUUCAUCAAUUCCAAUUUACAAAAAAUACAAUCAUAGAUCAUUAGAGUUCUAGCAUUAGCAUUGCUACAAGAAUGGACCCGUCGUCAAGCUCCAGAGCACGGUCAAUGCCGCCUCCAGUGCCUAUGGAGGGAUUGCAGGAAGCAGGGCCUUCUCCGUUUCUAACAAAGACGUUCGAGAUGGUUGGUGAUCCAAACACAAACCACAUUGUGUCUUGGAACAGGGGAGGCAUCAGUUUUGUCGUGUGGGAUCCACAUUCCUUCUCGGCCACUAUUCUGCCUCUAUACUUCAAGCACAACAACUUCUCCAGCUUUGUCAGACAACUCAACACUUAUGGAUUCAGGAAGAUCGAGGCAGAGCGAUGGGAGUUUAUGAAUGAAGGUUUCUCGAUGGGUCAGAGGGACCUUCUCAAAAGCAUCAAGCGACGAACCUCAUCCUCUUCCCCUCCUACGCUUAACCACUAUCAACCCGAUGGUGAUGACCCAAGCGUCGAGCUUCCGCAGCUCCAAGAAGAGAGGCAUGUCGUAAUGAUGGAGAUCUCGACGCUCAGACAGGAGGAGCAAAGAGCGAGAGGCUACAUCCAAGCCAUGGAACAGAGGAUUAAUGGAGCAGAGAUGAAACAGAGGCAUAUGAUGUCCUUCUUGAGGCGUGCAGUGCAGGACCCUUCGCUUCUGCAGCAGCUAUUCGAGCAGAAGAAAGACCAAGAGGAGGCUACGAUGUUUGAACAGGCUGGCCUGGUCAAAACGGAAGCGGUGGAGCACCUGUCGGAGCUGGAGGCUCUGGCGCUUGAGAUGCAAGGAUAUGGACGGCAACGGGCUGAUGGUGUGGAGAGGGAGCUUGACGACGGGUUUUGGGAAGAGUUACUGAUGAACAACGACAACUCCGAGGAAGAAGAGGCGAAUGUGAAGCAAGAUACUUAGGUUUUAUGGGUUCAUGUCCGAAUCAAGUAAUCAACAAGUGAUAUAUAUAUAAGGCAGGAAAAGAAAAGUACUAGUAUCGAUCAAUCAAAGCAAAUGAAUGAAGACGGAGAACCAACAAAAUGAACUAUGUGUGCAACAUAUAGGGUUACACUACACCAUCGUUUUUACUCUGUUCCAUUUUGUUAGAUAUGUGUUAGAAAUUUUGGUUUGUUUCAUUUUUUUUAUUUAUUAAUUUCUAGUUUUUAUGUAAAAUUUAUGUUUAUUGAGUA